ACUUUUUUUUGUGUAUAAAUAUUAUUAUGAAGUGAAAUAAUAACAAUAAUCUCUGAUGUAAAAUCUCGCAACAAAUUGACUCAAUUACGACCCGAGAUUCUCUUGAGAUUCUGACUCACCGAAUCAGUCGUUUUCCGAAAGGCAGCGGGAAAAGAUCUCUCUAAUUUUUUAUUUUGUGUUUUUUUUUUUGAAAAUAAAAAUUAUUUAUUUGAAAUCGUAAAAAAAGGAGGUCAAGAUGAUGUUUCGGAGUUUGUUGAUUUUUUCUGUGAUUUCGGCGAUUUUUGCAAUGCCCCAUUUGGAAGGCGAACCAAAGCACGUUGGAGACAUUCACAGCGACGCCUAUUAUUUGCAUAAUUUUUGCACGAACAACGUCCCGUUCGAUCGCAUCACGUUCGACGACGAGAAAUAUCCGAACGAUUUGGAUUCCAAAUGUUACUUGCACUGCAUUCUCGGAACAAUUGGCGUGAUUGAUGCGAACGAGAAGCUCUUCGUUGAUGUCUUGCUGCCCGGAAUAAAUGCCGAUGACGAGGAAAAGUUGCAUCGCAAGUGUGGAAAUUUGCGAGGACGAAAUAUUUGCGACACGGCAUACAAAAUAGCAAAGUGCCUCAUUACAACGGAUUCGGACUACGUGUGUCAGACAGAUGUUGUCAAAUGUAAUUAUUCCACGCAACUUCUGUUGCUGCUAACGUUCUACUGGCGUCAAUAGAGAUUUUUCGUGCUAAUUAAGAUAUAGAGAGAGAGUACUUACGUGUAUAGUUUUUCGUCUGGAAUUAACGUCAGAUAGAGACGAAUAAAUCUGAAUGUUUCGAUUUGCAUUUGAAUUAAGCGGGUCUGUGAAAAAUGAAAUUAACAUUAUUUUUAGUUUGGGAAGG